GGCGUUCAUUGAUAAAAACGCCGGGCUCCUUUGGGCGCGAGCGCAGCGUAGCGAAAACCAGGCAGCGCCACUCGCUGCCGGGGCCGGGCGGAAUCAAGAACAAGCCGGGCCCACGCUGCGACGCGCCGCCGACAUGGAGCCCGCCGCCGGCUUCCUGUCCCCGCGCCCUUUCCCGCGUGCGGCCGCCCCGCCCGCGCCCCCCGCCGGACCAGGACCGCCUUCGAGUUCUUUUCCCAGAUCCGAGCUGGAAGUGCCGGCUGGGCCACAGGGGCCGGACCCUGGGCGCCUCAUCACCGACCCGUGCAGCGGCCGUUCCUACUUCAAAGGCCGCUUGUUGGGCAAGGGAGGCUUCGCCCGCUGCUACGAGGCCACUGACACGGAGACUGGCAGUGUCUACGCGGUCAAAGUUAUCCCGCAGAACCGCGUCGCCAAGCCGCAUCAACGCGAAAAGAUUCUUAACGAGAUUGAAUUGCACCGAGAUCUACAGCACCGCCAUAUCGUUCGUUUUUCACACCACUUCGAGGAUGCUGACAACAUAUACAUUUUCCUAGAGCUCUGCAGUCGAAAGUCCCUGGCCCACAUCUGGAAGGCCCGGCACACCCUCUUGGAGCCAGAGGUACGCUACUACCUGCGACAGAUCCUGUCAGGCCUCAAGUACUUGCACCAGCAGGGCAUCUUGCACCGGGACCUGAAGCUGGGAAAUUUUUUCAUCACUGAGAACAUGGAACUGAAGGUGGGGGAUUUUGGGCUUGCAACUCAGUUAGAGCCUCCAGAGCAGAGGAAGAAGACCAUCUGUGGCACUCCCAACUAUGUGGCUCCAGAAGUGCUGCUGAGACAGGGCCAUGGUCCUGAAGCAGACGUGUGGUCACUGGGCUGUGUCAUGUACACACUGCUGUGUGGGAGCCCCCCCUUUGAGACAGCUGACCUUAAGGAAACGUACCGCUGUAUCAAGCAGGUUCACUACACGCUGCCUGCCAGCCUCUCAUUGCCUGCCCGGCAGCUUCUGGCUGCCAUCCUUCGAGCCUCACCCCGAGACCGCCCCUCUAUUGAGCAGAUCCUGCGCCAUGACUUCUUUACCAAGGGCUACACCCCCGAUCGGCUCCCUGUCAGCAGCUGCAUGACAGUCCCAGAUCUGACACCCCCCAACCCAGCACGGAGUCUGUUUGCCAAAGUGACCAAGAGCCUGUUUGGCAGGAAGAAGAACAAGAAUAAGAACCAUCCUGAGGAGCGAGGCGAGGUCUCCCGUUUGGUGAGCGGCCUCAUGCGCACAUCUAUUGGCCAUCCAGAUGUCAGGCCUGAGGCUCCAGCAGCUUCUGUUCCAGCCCCUGUCAGCCUAGUAGAGACAGCUGCUGAAGACAGCUCACCCCGUGGGACACUGGCAAGCAGUGGAGAUGGGUUUGAAGAAGGUUUGACUGUGGCCACAGUGGUAGAGUCAGCCUUCUGUGCUCUGAGAAAUUGUGUGGCCUUCAUGCCUGCAGCGGAACAGAACCCAGCUCCUUUGGCACAGCCAGAGCCUCUGGUCUGGGUCAGCAAGUGGGUUGACUACUCCAACAAGUUUGGCUUUGGGUAUCAACUGUCCAGCCGCCGUGUAGCUGUGCUCUUCAAUGAUGGCACACACAUGGCCCUGUCAGCUAACAGAAAGUAA